UGAUACGCCUUCAUAUCAUCACCCACACAGAAGAACUUGUUUGCACUAGUUUGUUUGUUUGUUGGGAUCUUGAUAGAAUCUGUUUCCUUUGUCAUCACACUCCCAGGAUCUGGUAAAAAGAUGAAGGUCACACACUUUGGACAGGAGGAGUCAAUCAAGCACAAGAUAGUCUGCACCAUUUGAACCUUGAACCUAUAAAGUAGAGUACUAAAGAGGAGUCUUUACUCAGGACUGGCCUGAGCCCUUCAUCUCACAGUCCACACCUCAACUUCUCUGCAAACAUGAUUCUCAACAUGGAUCUCAGCACCCUUCUCCUGCUCCCAGUCCAUCUGUUUGUGUGGCUCUACUCAGUCCUGAGCUUUCUACCAUGGUACUUCCUGACCGGCGCCAGCAGCAAGAAGAUCCUGGCCAAGCGAAUCAAGGCGAAAUCCAUCAAGGGUCAGUCAGAGGGACCCUAUCGCUCUGUGGAUCGCUUCGAGACUCUGGCCUACAUGGACUUUCCAGGGAAAGACACACUGGACAAGCUGUUUGACUAUGCCGUGGAACGCUUUGGCAGAGCACACUGUCUGGGAACACGCGCCGUUCUGAGUGAGGAGAAUGAAACGCAGCCGAAUGGGAAAGUCUUUAAAAAGUUGAUUUUGGGUGAUUACAAGUGGAUUACAUAUGAGGAGAUGGAAGUUGAAGUGAACCACUUUGGAAGUGGGCUGGCAGCGCUAGGCCAGCAGCCAAGAAACACCAUCGCUAUUUUCUGUGAGACACGGGCUGAGUGGAUGAUCACAGCCCAGUCUUGCUUCAGACGCAAUUUUCCCUUGGUCACAUUUUAUGCAACUCUUGGAGAGGAUGCUGUGGCCUUUGGACUGAAUGAGUGUGGUGUGACUCACUUGGUUACUAGUGCAGAACUUCUGGAAACUAAGUUAAAGAGCGUACUUCCCCAAAUCCCCAACCUGAAGCACAUCAUCUAUGUGGACAACAAGAGCAUCAGCACUGCAGGCUACCCAGAGACCAUUCAGACCCACAGCAUGCAGUCUGUGAAGGAGCUUGGAGCUAAGCCUGAAAACUUAAAUAGGGAGAUAGUGAGACCCAUCCCAUCAGACCUCGCUGUCAUCAUGUACACCAGUGGCUCCACCGGCCGCCCAAAAGGGGUCGUCAUUGUUCAUAGCAACCUCAUUGCGGGCAUGACGGGCCAGUGUGAGAGGAUUCCAGGCUUGGGCCCCAAGGAUACAUAUAUAGCAUAUUUACCCCUGGCUCAUGUGCUGGAGAUGACUGCCGAGAUCUCAUGUGUAACCUAUGGCUGCAGGAUUGGCUACUCCUCCCCACAAACGCUCUCUGAUCAGUCCACAAAAAUUAAAAAGGGCAGUAAGGGAGACUGCACUGUGCUGAAGCCUACUCUGAUGGCAGCUGUACCGGAAAUAAUGGACCGCAUUAAUAAAAAUGUAAUGAGCAAAGUGCAGGAGAUGAACUGUGUGCAGAGGACCCUAUUCAACCUGGCCUACAACUACAAGCUGGAGCAGAUCAAGAAAGGCUAUGAUGCUCCACUUUGCAACAUACUGUUUAAGAAAGUGAGGGCUUUGCUGGGAGGAAAUGUACGAAUGAUGCUGUCUGGAGGAGCUCCUCUGUCUUCUGCUACCCAGCGCUUCAUGAACAUUUGCUUCUGCUGUCCUGUUGGCCAGGGCUAUGGCCUGACUGAGACCUGUGGAGCAGGAACCAUCACAGAGGUGGCAGACUACAGUACUGGACGAGUGGGGGCUCCUCUCAUCUGCUGUGAGUUCAAACUCCGAGACUGGGCAGAAGGUGGAUAUACGAAGCAGGAUAAGCCUCAUCCUCGAGGUGAGAUCCUGAUCGGUGGUCCCAAUGUGACCAAGGGCUACUACAAGACUGACUUCAGCAAGAACAACGAUUUCUUUGUGGAUGAGAAUGGACAGCAGUGGUUCUGUACUGGAGAUGUAGGAGAGGUUCAUCCUGAUGGUUGUCUCCAAAUUGUGGAUCGCAAGAAAGACCUUGUUAAACUGCAAGCUGGGGAAUAUGUCUCUUUGGGGAAAGUGGAGUCAGCCCUGAAGAACUGCUCCCUAAUUGACAACAUCUGCGCAUACGCAAACAGUGAUCAGAACUAUGUGAUCAGCUUUGUGGUGCCUAACCAGAAGCAGCUCACUGCUAUGGCCAAUCAGAAGGGCAUUGUUGGCACAUGGGAAGAGAUUUGCAACCACCCUAUUAUGGAGAUGGAAGUAUUGAAAGAGAUCAAAAAUGUUGCAAAAACAAUUAAACUGCAGCGAUUUGAGAUCCCAGUAAAGGUUCACUUAAGCCCUGAGCCGUGGACCCCUGAAACUGGCCUGGUCACAGAUGCGUUUAAACUGAAGAGGAAGGAGCUGAAAAACCACUAUCUCCACGACAUCGAGCGAAUGUACGGCCGCAAAUAAAGGAAUAAAUGUUGUGGCACAAGACCUCUUCACCAUCACUCUGCUGCCGUAAACAUAGUGCUGCAUAUGUAUAGAUGUUUUGCUACGACUGCACCACACCCCAUUGCUUAGUGUGGUGCGCACAUACGCACACGUAUCAAAGACCUACUGUGCUGUUCUGUUUUUGUAUAAUAUUUGUCAUUACUACUGUGGAUAAUGUAAACAGUUUGUAUAGGUCUGUCCAGUCUGAGCUUUACAGUCUCUUUGCUGUGGAAUAGUUUACUGUGGAGGUUUAAAUAAUCGGCAUGAAACACUUGGCGAAGGGACUAGAUUCAUGCUGAUACAACAGGAAGGGGGCACUCUCUUUAUUUUUUUUCACCAGCUAGCAAAAGGAAACCUCCUGCCCUUUUGGGAAGGGAUUUCAGCUAUAUAACAGCUAUAAACUGCCAUCAUCUUUAGCUAGUUGUAUUUUGUAAACUGUGUGCAUUGUUGUAUUUUCAUCUUUGUAUUAUUUUCAUUAGGGAAAAAAAACAUAGUGCUGGCUUGGUUUGCUUAGAGUAUGAAGGCCAAAGCCAAACGUUAGACGAGGCCGUCACUGUACUCCAGCCAGGCUCCGCUUCCUUCCAAAGGCAAGCAAGCAACGUAUUGGUGAUCUUUGUGCCUUCAGAGUGGUCUCUUUUUCAGUGUUGAUACCCUACUGUUAGGUAAAUUAGGAACUGUGUGCAUUCUGUCGCAUUUGUCUAAUGCAUUCUGAGAUAAUGGUUUUACAAUGGCUUCCACUUUUUUUUCUUCAAUUUGUUUAUUUCAUGCAUUGAGAUGUAAAUGAAUUUUGUUUUCCAUUGUUAUGUUAAUUUAUUAGGUUGUUAUGUUAUGGAAGGACUCAGGACUGUAGGACGGUUGGCUAUUGUAAGUUUUGUGCCAACAUACGGUAUUGAAGAGCAAUCAGUCAUAAUCUCAAUGAAGGGAAAAAAAAAAAAAAAAAAACAUUUUAGGUAACUUAUCAUACAUAAAAGCAUCCAUUGUUGAAGUUGAAAGCAUUUCAUCAGUUGCCACUGUAGUCAAAACCACUGAUGCAGAUUAUAGAGCACAUUUAUCAGUAUGUUCUAGUGCUUAAAUAAAGCCUAUUUUGUGAUUUAUCAGCUCUACUACUGUACCUUACUAAUUCAAUGCCACAACAGAACUUUCCCAGUUAUUCUUCAGCAAACAAAAAAAAACAGAUCAAUUUCUUACCUUACAAUACUGCCAUUACACCAUAUUGCCAUUUUAGAUUGCUCUGCUUACAUUUUUUGCACUAUAAUUUAUUUCAUUUUCAUAAUUAGUUAUGUUUGUUAGUGUUUCAGCCUCAGAAAAAAAUGGAAUAAUUUAAUUUUGAUGAAAGCAACAUUACCAUCUGAGCAACCAAAUAUUCCAUUCCAAAUAUUUCAUCUUUGAGGGUAGAGUAUUGUUUAUUUGCACUGUUUUUUAUUUUAUUUUUGUCAGGGACGUAGCCACUAUUUAAUUACCAGCCAUGGAACCAACAAAGAGGCAUUUGGAUUGGAUUGGGAUAUGAUUUUUUUCAUGGAAGGAAAAAAAUAUGACUGAAAAAAAAAAAUCAUAUUUAUUAUUCUUAAAAUCCCAACCCAAUUCUCAAAUAUGAACUCUUAUCAAAUGUGAACACUUGAGAAACUGCACAUAUGCUUGUAGAAUUUUUCACACUGUGUUUAUUUAAUCAGUUUUGUGGAUCACAUACUAUAUGUAAAAUACAUUGUGAUAAUAAAACUGUUUUCUACUCUGCAAA